AUGUCUGUUGAUGAUUCUUCCACAUGGGCUAACUUUGGCAAGAUCGAUCCCGAGUUGGAGACGAUCCUCGGAGUCGCAGGGCCUCAACCCAGCCUUGGAGACUUACCAGACGUACCUACCUUGAGACAAGCCUUCCUGGACACGCUGGCUCAUAUUGUGGCUUCUGGCCACGGUGUUCCACCGGACUUGACGGGAGUCAAGAAAUCAUCGAUCCAAAUUCCUGUCCGAGAUGGGACCACCAUAUCGUCCCUUUUGUAUCAGCCUGAACAUCUCCCGGCUGGUGGAAGUCCAUUAAUUGUGCUAUAUCAUGGCGGAGGAUUUUGUAUCGGCAUGCCAGAGCUGGAAGAGGAUGUCGCGGUGACUGCAGUGAGAAACCAUGGUGCCAUUGCGUUGAGCGUCGACUAUCGCAUGGCACCCGAAUUCAUCUUUCCAGUUGCGAUUCAUGAUUGUUUCGAUACCUUUAAAUGGGCUGCUGCAAAUGCGCAAAGUUUGAACGCCGACUUGUCCCAAGGAUUUCUACUUGGAGGAAGUUCUUCAGGUGCUACCGCUGCCUGCUCGGUUGCCCAUCUCGCUCGCGACGAGAAAGUCUCACCACCUUUGACCGGCAUGUGGUACGUCAGACUAGAAAGCGAGACAUUACCUUAA